UAUGCAGACUAUGAUGCGAGGAAUUGCCGCGAUACAAGGAUCACUGUAUAUGGGAACCGGAUGCUUUCACAGAAGAAAAGUGAUGUACGGCUCGCCACCAAAUUGUAGGACCAGUAGUGGAUCCUUAUAUCCAGAGAUGACAAUACUUGCCAAUUCUCUAGAGGCUGCUCAUGAAGUUGCCAAUUGUGCCUAUGAAUUUGGCACGGCUUGGGGUCAAAAUGUUGGAUGGAUUUAUGGAUCUACCACAGAAGAUGUCCUUACAGGGUUAACCAUCCACAAUAUGGGGUGGAAAUCCGCUUAUUGUGACCCUGACCCGCCUGCUUUUCUGGGGUGUGCACCGACAGGAGGACCGGCGGCAUCAACCCAACAAAAACGAUGGUCCACUGGGCUAACUGAAGUGCUAAUCGGAAACAAUAGCCCAAUUCUUAAAUUCUUCUUUGGAAAGCUCCAAUUCAGACAGUGCUUGGCAUAUCUAUGGGUGAUGCUGUGGCCCGUUGAGACUUUUUUUGAAAUAUGCAAUUCUCUUCUCCCUGCGUUUUGCAUCAUAAGCAAUUCUAGUUUCCAACCGAAGGUAAACGAAGCUGCCAUUGUAAUGCCAGCUUCAAUUUUCAUUAGCUACAAUUUGUACACUUUAUCAGAAUACAUUAUGGGUGGGGAAUCCAUACGGGCGUGGUGGAACAAUCGAAGAAUGUCAAAGUUAAAUGCUUCUGGUCCAUGGUUAUUUGGGUUUCUAAGCGCGGUAUUUAAGGUAAUUGGAAUCUCCAAUACGGUGUUCGAAAUCACCAAGAAAGAACAUACAAGUGAUAAUACUCUACAGGUGGAAUCCGAUGUGGGAGGGUUCACUUUUGAUGACUCUCCGAUAUUUAUUCCUGGUACAACCAUUUUACUUGUCAAUAUUGCAGCUCUCUUCAUUGGACUACUGGAUUUUGAUAAACAAGAUAAUAAGAGAUGGAGUUUCGGGGAAGUGAUUUGCAGCUUAUGGGUAAUAUUGAUGUAUUGGUCAUACGUCAAGGGCUUGUUUGCGAAAGGGAAGUGUGGGAUUCCAUUUUACACUAUUUUAAGAUCUGGGAUAUUAGCAUUGGUUUUUAUCCACACUUCGAGAUUGGUAUGAUGAUGUGUAAGUAGCUAGUUGGCUUUUGUGGGUUUCUAAUUGAAUAAGCAUUCUUGAAAUUGUUUUUCGUUUGUAUAAUAUUGUAUCAAUGUUGUAACUUGUAACUUGUUUUGAGACCGUUUUUGUAAUAACAGGGCCCUUUAAUAUCAACAUAAGUCUUGCGGGUAUUGGUUUACUCUUCAAAGUGAGGAU